CCGGCGGCCGGCCGUGGUGGAGGGCGCUUGAAUUAUUUCUGGGGAGUGGGAGGCCUCUCCCCAGACUCCAUAUGGAAGAAAGAGAACCCAAGGGCGGGAUGUGAUGCUGUAGUUUCGAAAAUGCUUUUGAACAAGUCUUGCUGCGGUGCAUGCUGUAGAUCGUAUAUGUUGCUGUCACUGUGCAUCAAUGAUAAAGACACUGAAUGUCGAAGAUAAUGGAUGGGGUGCCAAUCAAGCAGGCAGCUUUGUGCUGAAUGUUGCUGAGCUUUUUGAGUGUUAUUGGAGCUGCACUCAUUCAAACAAUUGGGGAACGUUCCAUCACACUCCUGACUGCAGAUGAUGAACAGGCUUUGGGGAGUCAUUAAGAAGUGGCUGAAAAUGGUUUGACCUUGGACACUAUCCUGAUAUCAGUACUUAGGGUGCUAUGGCACAGCGGUAGUGGCUCUGCCUCUGAGCCGGGAGGCCCGAUCCAACUUACAUCUGCUCCAGAAGUUUGUAAUAACAUCUGUCUGAAUGGGUUGAUAAGAAAAUCAAUAUCCCUCCUUUAGGGCUGUGUGCAUUGCUGGCAAGUACAGCAUCCAACCUAAAGUGCCCGGAACUGGGUAACCUGUGAGAAAUCUCACUUGGCGCAUCUUUAGUGCUGAUGGCUGUUGAAUUAUGUGGCAGAGGUCACUGACUGCCUGACCAGACCAACCAAACCUACUUGCAGCUGCUACAUUGAUAAGGUCCCACUCCCCAUUUGGGUCGUCCCGGUUGUGGGAAACGUACAGUUAUGUCCCAGGCGGUGGGCUUUCGAGUGGGUGCGGAGUUCUCAUCGUACAGCGAGCUGCACCGUGAGUUCCGGCGCUACCAGAGGGAUUGUGCCGUGCAGCUGUGGACCAGGCACUCUCGCACCAUCGAGGCCCAGAGGCGGAGGGCACCCAAACGGCCCAUGAACGACGCACUCAAGUUCGCCGAGAUCGACUACGCUUGCAUCCACGGGGGCAAACUCUUCAGGGCCAAAGGGACCGGAAAGCGGACAAACCAAAGAACCAACAAGACCAAGUGUCCCUGUGUUAUUAAAGUUCGCCUGUCUCCGGAUGGAGACAAGUUUGUGGUGAAAGAGAUGAUUGAAUCACAUAACCACACAGUACAAGAGGCUGAGCGGGAACGCUUCCCACGACAAAGGCGCUUUGACAGUGCAGUACAGAGGAGUAGAGCAGAUAUUAAGGAGAACCUGGUGGUUGCAGCAGAUCAGGGAAUCCACCGCGACGAUAGCUGCAGAGACAAAUGGAGCGCGUGCAAGACAAACCGGACUGACCUGGAGAAGAUGGUGCCCCCGCUAGCAGCUGCCAAGGAUGCCACUGUGGUCGUGGUGGUCAGCAAGGCGAACGUGCUGCAGGCCAUCUACUUCCAGGACAGCAGCAUGAAGCAGACCUUCGAGAGAUAUCCCGAGGUGCUACUGUUGGACGUCACGUACAAGUGGGACGGCCUGCGGCUGCCCACCUUCCUGCUGCUGGUGAUUGAUGGCAAUGGCGAGAGCGAGCUGGUCUGCAUGUGGUUCGUCCAGAACGAGGAACACGAGACCAUCAAGCAGCUACUGCACAUCUUCAAGCAGAAAAACCCGGCGGCAGAGAGGAUCCAGACAGUCAUGUGCAGCGGAAAGCCCAACCGGGGCGAAGUCAUCUCCGAGGUGCUGCCGCACUGCAAGCCGCUCACCUGCCUCUUCCAUACCCUGCGUACCUUCCAGGCAGACGUCACCACUGACAAGCUGCAAGUGACGGUUGGACAGCGGAACCUGCUGCUGGAGAUCCUGCACAACAUGUGCUACGCGGCGUCGGCCGAGGAGUACGACCUGCUGUACCACCAGCUGCUGGACACCAACGCGCAGCGGGCGAUCGACUACUUCCACCGGCAGUGGCACGGCAGCCGCGGGCAGUGGGUGGAGAGCUUCAAGCACGAGGGCGAGACCUACCUGACCAGCACCGUCAAGCGGGCGGAGCUGCUGAGCCAGCAGCUGCAGGCGCGCCUGGGCAAGACCGCUGACUCGGCCGGCUUCGCGCAGGAGCUGCUGAAGGCCGUCGACAGCCUGCGGGCCGACAGCGACUGCCGGGCCGCACGCACGCUGCAGGAGAGGCCGCCGGUGGGCACGGACUCCGGCCCGGCCGCCUCGGCUUACCGGGAGCUGCUGACCGGCUACGCCUUCUCGCGGGUGCGCCGAGAGCUGGAGGAGGCCGAGUGGGUGAGCUUCCUGAGCGCCGAAGCCGAGCGGGCCCGGCCAGCUUGCCGCCGGCGGGCGUUGCUCACCGAGACCGGCAGCUGCCAGUGCGCCUUCCGCACCGCCAUGAAGCUGCCGUGCCGCCACCUGCUGGCCCUGCGCCGGCUGCGGGGCCACGGACUUUUUGACCCGGCGCUCUGCUCGGCGCGAUGGACCCGCCAGCACUACCUGAGGGACCACCCGCUGCUCCUCCUGCAGGACCCGGGACCCGUCCCCGUCCAGCCUACGGCUCCUGUACCCACGUUGCCGAGAGAGCAGACCACAACAACAACAACAACAGCGGCGCAGCAGGAGGAGCGGUACAGCCAGGCGUUCCGGGUCUCUCAGAAACUCUCGCUGCUCGCUGCCGGCUGCCCCGCCGACGAGUUCGACAACUGCUUGGCCGUCAUGACCGCCGUCACCAACAUCUGGGCCAGGGGUGGCCAAGUGCGGGUCACCGAGAUGAACGUGACUCAUCCAGAAGAGAGAUCACCAACACCCAACAACAUGCCAGUUGAGGUUGACAAUACAAAUCAGAACUGAUCGUAAACCCAGCCCAUGUAGGACAAGAGAAACUCUUCACGUUCACCAGGAUGGAUUGCCCUUACUCGGAUCCAGCUUCAGAAUGUGUACAGAUGUAUCAGAUACAUAUACUCACCCGCAGACACACUCACCCGUGAUCACCACUGCACACGAGCUAGCUCACUGGGCCUUUGGUUUGACUGUGAAGUUAAUUCAUUUGUAGGCCUGAAGGUCAGUUGAAUUAAGCAUGCUGUGAACAAGCAAGAGAUUUUGUGGCGAUCCUGGUGAAACCUGCCAAGAUUUGUGAAGGGAAUUGCCAGUUUGUUCCCAUUGGUAAGGUGUUUAACUCCCAAAGGAUGAGAGUCUAAAUGUAACGUGAGAGGAAGGAGACGAGAGCAGCGUAUUUUUAAUCCCCAAAAAGCAGCAUUUGCAGAGCGAGUGGGCAGAGAGCCUUGUUGAAGUUGACAGUGUUCCUAUACCAUUGGUAAGUUUCUGACAAGAGCAUUGAUGGGCAAGAUAGAUUUGUCCAAACUGUUUCACAGGUACUAACACUUCCUUAUUUCUAGUCACAAGCACCUAUCAUCGCUAAGUGGCCUGGAUACACGUCUGGAUGGAUGAAUGGAGAGGGUGCCAUCUGAUAAUGCCUGUGACUGAAGCAGGAACAGUAUAAAGCCAUUCAGCCCCUCAUGAGAUCAGCAGGGAUUGUUGGGCAGUGAGGUAACUGAUUUCUUCCUACCCUCAUGCCAGCCUGUCGUUACUUACAAAUGAUUAAACCACUCCCCAAAAGAAAAAGUGGGUUUACUGGUUAAAGACAACCCAUUUAUUGCAAGGCCAUAAAUGGAGUUUGGGACUUUCCUGAUCAGUAGGGAUCAUGCAAUAUUCUUUGCAGUGACCUUAUCAGGUCAGUAUGAGAAAUCAGAGGUUUAAAACAUCCUUUAGGUAAAAACUGAAAAGUUAGGAGGCAUGCAGUGCCUGUAAAGAGCAGAGAGAUUAUGGCAGUUAGCCCUUGUUUAACCCUUCAUCGCAUUCGACAGAUUCUUUCUCAAUUGGGAUCAAUAGAAACUAUUUUAUAAAAUUACUUAAGAAUGGACACUCAAGUUCGGUGUCAACUCAGUUUACAGUAUGUUCAAUUCUCGGUCAAGGAUUGAGGAUUCCGACUUCACUGCUAAAUCGGAUUACAGAUUCCCAACCAUCACUUGUGCCUGUCCUAAGGGGACAAACACUGCAUUGUUUGCUCUCUCGCUCCCCACUCUCUCUCAUUCACUCUCUCCCUCCCUGUCUCUCACUCACUCAUCCCCUCUCGAUCUCUCCAUCCCUUUGAUCUUUCUCUCUCUGUCGCUUCCAUCUUCUUUUCUCUUGCUUCCUUUCUCCCUUGUGCAGUCUCUCCCUUCCCUCAUACCUUCAUACUCCUUUUCUACUUUCUCGUUCUCCCUUUCUUCACUUUCAAUUUCUGACCUAAAGGCAGAAAGUGUUGGGGAAAUUCAACAGGCUUGGUAGCAUCUGUAGAGAAAGAGAGAAACAGUUAACGUUUUGAAUCCAAUAUGACUCUUCUUCAGAACUCAGUUCUUCAGAGUGUGUUACAAAGGAGAUCAUUGGACUCCAAAUGUUAACUCUAUUUCUCUCCUCACAUGCUGUCAAACCUGCUGAGUUUCUCCAGCACCUUCUGUUUUAAUUUCAGCUCUGCAUCUGCAUUAUUUUUGCUUUUAUCUUCAGCUGACCAGUUCUUCUGAAUUUCUGGCAUUCUCUGUGCCUUCAUUUGCCUUCAUUGCUUUUCUUGCCAGGCAGUUGAGUCUAAAUUGUUGAGAUUUUUCUCAGAUCUCUGUGCAAUGGCUAGUUCUUGCUGAUCAAUGUACCUGAUUGAUUCUCACGUGAAUAAAAUUUUGAAUAAUACAUAAGGUCUUUUUGGAUCCACAAGCAUUUUUCCAACAAUGUUGAGAUAGCUCUACGUAUACCACCGUUAGAAUUAACUUCUUUAGUGUGUGAAAGGUCCGAUGUGAUUGUGAAUUGAUCACACUUUUUAACAAUGUAGUGAAGCUCAUCUAGAGAGUGCUUUCUGUACAAUAAAGGCUCCUUUUCUUUUCAA